UGUACAUAAUGCUACGCAGUUUGCGCAGAGCUCAGAGUAAUGGCGUCUGUGCGACACAAGCUCACAAGACUGACAAAAUGAAGCGACGGAGGGAAUAUUUAUGAUAGCAGAGGGCCUUUAGAAGGGUUUGUGGGUGCGGGACUGCAGUGACAGGUGCAGAGCUGACAGGAGUUAAGGACUUUCAUCUGUUCAGCGCGAUGAUAAAGCUGAAGUCCAACCAGACGCGCACGUAUGACAGAGAUGGCUAUAAAAAGCGCGCGGCCUGCCUGUGCUUCAGGAGUGAGCGCGAGGAGGAGGUGCUGUUAGUGAGCAGCAGCAGCCAUCCUGAUCGAUGGAUUGUUCCUGGAGGAGGGAUGGAGCCGGAGGAGGAGCCCAGUGUUGCUGCUGCCAGGGAGGUGUGUGAAGAGGCAGGAGUAAAAGGCACAUUAGGAAGAUUGGUAGGCGUUUUUGAGAACAGAGACAGAAAGCACAGAACGUAUGUCUAUGUUCUCAUCGUAACUGAGGUUCUGGAGGACUGGGAGGAUUCUGUAAAUAUUGGUAGGAAAAGGGAGUGGUUUAAGACAGAAGAUGCCCGGCGUGUGCUGCAGUGUCAUAAACCUGUGCAAGCAUCUUACUUUGAAGCCCUUCAGCAGGACUGUAUGACCAGCAAUGGCACUGCUCUGGUGGCCACAUAUAACAUUAAUCAAAACUCUCUCUCCAGCAUCAGAUAACCACCACAACUAACACAGAAGCCUCUGCAAAGUUCUCCACAAUUUUCUACCUUUUCUUACCCGACUGAACCCCUUCUGCAUCCACUAUCACUGUUUUUUUUUUUUUUUUUUUUUUUUUAAUAAUUUCAGCACAUUAAUGGCAACAUCGAAUGAAAUCUGAUUGCAUUUUACCAGCCUUUUUAGUGUUUAGUUAAAGAAUACAGUGUGGGGAUGUCUGAGAUAAGAGAAAAGUCAUAGACUAGUUUGCAAAUGAAGUUUGUCUUGCGUUUUAAUGAAUACUUGCAUGAGAUUCUCAUUUCCUCAUGUCAGGUUUAUUGAAUGCAACUACACUUUCAAUAUCAUGUCUUGAAAUAAGUGGCGUUUAAAGAGAAAGCUUUUGGAAGUGUUCAUAAUGAUGUUGUGGUAACGAAUGGCCCUUUCGUUCUGCAGUGUAUGCCUUUAGCCUUUAUGGAUAUGCUGUUAUAUAGAGUUGGUUGAAUUUUUUUUUUUUUUUUUUUUUUUUUUUUUUUUUGCAUGAGGAUGUCAUGUAUUAAUGAUCUUAAAAUACAGGGAGUCUUAGGUUUUCGUGAUGUGAACUAAACCGAAUGUAGAUUUUUUCUUGGUAACGAUGGAUGGGGCCAUUCGACUAAUAUUGAUGUUUGUUUAGUGUAUGCUGUACGUAGUAAAAUUGCAUAUUCAUAGUCUUAGUUCUUUAAACUGCUAAACAAAAAUAGGUGUCAUGUCUUAAACUGAUCAAAGUAGUUGAAAUCUUACUGAAGUCUUAUUGCCAAUAUUACACACUCAUGUUGGGAAUUCUCACACACGCAGCUACUUCUCAGAUUAGUUUUCAAAAACACAUUUGCAAAAUGUUCUAAUGUUGAUGGGGUUUAGUGGUUAGUAGUCCACCACUUUUACCAUUGAAGGAGAUUUUGAUAGGAAAGUCUUUAAAGUGUAGUGUGGUGGUUUUUCUGGGUCUGCGAUCUUAGAUGUCCUGGUGAAAAAGCUUUUCACGUCAGAUGUGCGUCAUUUCAUUAAGUGGCUUAAUACGAUGCUGGUCAGUCCAGUUUACUGAGUGCACUUGUUUUGUUCUGGUACAGGAUUGUUUUUAAGAGAAGAGAACUUUGGAAGGACAUUCUAAAAUUGAGUUAAGGUGAAAUGAGCCUGUUUAGGACAUCAGUAUCAUAAAUCUCAUGGUCAGUGGUCAUACUGGACCUUCUCAGCAGCUGCUGAUGUCAGAUUCUUCCUCACUCUUCUGAGGGUUUUGCACCUGUAACCAAAGCACAAUAGCAACAAUUUACAAAUGUCUCAAUUAUUCAGUUUUUUCAGUUUUAUUUCAAAUUAUUGUUCGUCCACUCAUAAACUAUAACCAUAGAUUGUGUGUGUGUGUGUCUGUGUACAGUAUGUUGGUUUGUAUGUUUGAAAUAAUGUGAAUAAUCGAAAGACUUGAUGCCAAGGUAAAUUGCCUCUUGCAUAAGGGGAUGGAUUUCAUUUGAAAUGUUUACAACUUGAUUGUAGUUUCUCUUCAGACACUGGAUAUUCACUGACCUCUUUUCAUUUGUCAUAAGUGACUGUUAAUGAUAGUGCCAUUUCAUUUUGGAAAGGUGCUUUUCUUGGUCUUAAACUCUUUAAUCUGUCCUAAGUAUAAAUUGUUUUUUGUUUGUUUGUUUCUGAUUUAUACAAUUUUCACAAACAUAUACUUCAAACGAUAAUUAUUUAUGUCUCAAGUAAACUUGUCUUAUCAGUAUUUCAAUGUAUUUGUUUUAUUAUUAAUCGGAAAGCUCAAAAUGUAUUGUAAUAAAAUUAGUUGGCUAAACCCACUUAAAACCUUUAACUUAAACUUAACUUAAAACCUGUGGCACAACAACACAUUUAAAGGUGCAGUAAGAGAUUUCUGAGAAACAAUGUUGAUAGUUGAAAUCAAGCCAGACAAACACACCCCUCCCGCCCCAAAACACUCAAUGCAAGAGUGGAUGUCUCUUUAUCAUAGUUGAAGCGAAGCAAAAUAAUACUUUGCAAAAAAAUAAAGCUAAGAUAACGAAUGAACGAAGGAAGAACAAAAAAUAAACAAAUAGUACAUAAGAGUUUAUACAAACAGGAAUUUGUUGUUAGUCACCAGCAGCUCCAGACAAACAAUGACACUUCAAAACUGUCCUGUUACUAUAGCUAACAUUACAACAACAGCAUAUUUUGGUUCUGUGAAACAUAGCAAAACCAAUCUUACUUGCGAAUGAAGCAGAAACAAUGUGGCGUCCUUUUCAGGCCUUCCCAAUCUCUUGCAUCUCUUCAGCGCUGGAAAGCUUUUCUAUUAUUAUUGUGGGUUCUAAAGCUCUUGCCUGAUUAGAAUCCUUCUUUUUCCACUGAUAUUUCUCUGAGAUUUUCUCUUUUUGUAAUGUCUCUCAGCCAUCUCUCUUUCUACAGUCUUCAAAUCUCCUUCUUACUCACUCCCUCUCCUCCCCCAUCAUGACUGGAUACACCCCCUACUGCUGAUUUGCUACAAGUGUGUUGGGCUGCUCGGUCCAAUCCACUUUCAACAGCGUUUCUUAGAAAUCUCUUACUGCACCUUUAACAGCUGUGACAGAGGCUGGCAAUGGUCAUCUAAUGGUGAUUUAUAUGAUCUUUCUCUACCCGUUUAUUGCAAUCAUUAGUGGAAUGUGAAUAAGAAAUAAUCAAAACUGUACUGAAAUUAUAGCAGAUUUGUUCUUGAAUUGUAAAUGCUGCAUUGUUUUUUGUUGUUGUUGUUGUUGUAAAGUAUUAAUUUCUUUAUUUCUGGAGUAAAUUGAAAACAUUUCAAGAAUCUCAAUCUUUCCCCAGUCGCUCUCCUUUUGUAACAUUUCAAGCACACUCUUUACCCUGUAUCGCUCUGCUGUAUCUGAUGUUGGGAAAAGAAAAUUCGACUCAAGACUGUAUAACAGUUGUCAACAAUCUAUAAAUAAAAUAAAUAUCAUGAAUCACA